CCCGCGCCCUAGUCACCUCGAGUCAGACCCUGCCUUCCUCGAAUUCCUUAUCUACCCCUCGUCCACGAGCACUCCCCAGCUUAUCAUCACAUCGAGUCACCAACAGCAUGUCCACUCUCACAGCUACCACCCUCGUAUCUCGUCACUCCAAGACGCCCUCGUCUGCGUCCACCACACAGACGCUCAUCAAUGACGACACCCCAUCAACCUCUCGGACUGCAACGCCCAACGAGCACCAGCACGAUCAGGGCGUCAAGUGCCCCGUCACCGGGCAGGCGCACGGCUUCUGCCCCGCGCAGAAGACUGACUCGCGCUCGCCAUGCCCAGCACUGAAUGCACUCGCCAACCAUGGCUACCUACCACGCAAUGGACAGCACAUCCAUGUUGGCCAGCUUAUCAAGGCGCUUCGCGAGGGGUAUAACCUGACCCUGCCGCUCGCAAGUUUCCUCGCCGUCGCUGCAUGCAUGCUUCUUGGCCAGUUCCGUUCCAUUUCCCUCUACGACCUCUCUCGGCAUAACCUCAUCGAGCAUGAUGCUUCGGUCGUCCAUGCCGAUGCUACGCCGGGAAGUGAAUACGCACCCACGCAAGUCAUGCGCUCCCUCGUCACGCGCCUCAUCCGCACAAUCGGCCACGAACGCACGGACCGCAUGACGCUCGACGACAUUGCGAACAUCCGUGUCAACCGUGAAGCGGAGACACACGUGCUUGACAAAAUGCAUGCCGAGAUCGCGCGCGGUGAGCUGACGAUCGCGUUGGGCGUUCUCGGCGGCAAGAGCGCAUACGAGGACGGUGCGGACAUCGGCGCGUUCCGCGAGUGGCUCGUCGAAGAGCGCUUCCCCGAGGGCUGGCGGCCCGACCACAAGCAGGGCCUCUGGGGAACGUACCGUGCCACGCGCAGGGUCGAUAACAAGAUGCAGGAGCUCCGUGCGGCGCUGGCGGAGAAGAAGAAGAGUGUGUCGCGGGAGGGGUCGAUGUGCGAGUCCAAGGACUCACCAGCUGUGGCGAAGCUGUGAGCACGUUGCCACCAGUCGCAAAAGGGACGUUUGCGCCCAGUCCAGGUGCCGACGCAUCUCCCCCUUCCUCACCUACCCUUCUCCUCCAUCCCCUUUGCCUCUUCUGCCUUUCCUCGCUUCUUUCAUCUACGCUCUUCAUUAUUUAUUUACCAUGAGCUUCAUUUUCAUACCCCUUCACCUCAUGUGCUACCUUAAUUAUUUGCGCAUUCGCACUUGCUUUUCACAUCGCAUUUCGCCGCACCUCCACAACGCCCUAGUUUAGCUUAUUACCCAUAAGAUAUCGAAACCUCUAAUACUUAGUUUCCUUUUCUUCUUUGCAUAGUCAACGCUCCAUAUAACGUUUAAC